GGAGGACUAUGCAUGAGCCACCGGAUGCUUCCUCGCCAUAAUAACUACUCAGUGCACUGUUUUCACCGCGCCAUCUCCGACACUCCUUCUGUGCUGCUGUGUGCUGUGCUGCGAGAGUGUCUUCAAGUGGCUGGUUCUAGAGUCUUCCCUACAGGUGCUAAAGAAACGGUUACAAAUGCUUCCAAGAACUGGAAAAAUAAUUUGAUACCUAGUGCUUACAUAGACACAUUCCAUUAGUAUUCUCGGGGCACAGCAAGUUUACCUAUCAAGGGAUCCAGUACAUACCAGCCAUGUCCUCUGUGGCAGGCACAAGCCUCUACUCAGGCUACCCUAUUCGCCUCAGUCGCAGGGCCUCCCUCUCCUCCUCCUACUACCCUCCAGUUGUGGAGAAAUAUUAUGAAUAUGUCAAACCUACAACUUCCAUGGUCAAUGGUGGCAUUGUGGCCUUUGUAGGAACCAUCUUCUUUGUCAUAUCUUUCACCAGCCCGUACUGGCUCCAGUCGUACUCCUACACCUACAGCAAGUUCCAGAAUAUGGGACUGUGGGAGUUCUGCUUUGAUGGCUUUCGGUAUCCAAAAUAUCAGUACGAUCAUAAAUUUAUAGGCUGUAACUACAUCUUUGCAGAGGAAUACAGAAUCAUAUGGCAAUGGAUGUUGCCAGCUUGGUUCAUGGCAGUGCAGACCUUCAUGACCAUAGCCCUGUUGGCUAGCAUGACCACCCUAGUGACAGUGAGUCUCAUCCUGGUGCGGUGGCCACUGCAGAUGGUCAUGCGCUAUGAGUGGCAUUUGACUGGCUUCUGCUUCAUCUGUCAGGCCAUCACAGUGGUGGCAAUCUUCUUUGCUGUGUUGGUGUUUGGAGUGAUGUGUUGGUCCCGAGACUGGCUCCUCAACCCAAACUUCAACUACCUGUCUUGGUCCUAUGCCUUUGCUGUCGUGGCUGGAGGCUUUCAUGCAUUCUCUGGUUUUGUCCUUCUUCAUGAAACUUUUGAAGCCCGAGAACGGAAGCGUCAGGCCACGAACCUCCUGCAGAUUGAUCCCCAUGGCCAGAUGGGCAUGGGCAUGGGUAUGGGCAUGGGCAUGGGCAUGGUGAGCCAGGGAUACAUUUAAGAUGAGAGUGAGCAGAGGAAAACCAUUUUAUAGCUGUAGCUGGUAAACCUUCAUUAAGAGUGAUGCACUUGCCAUAUGGUGAUGUAUUUGAACUGAUCAUGGACAACAAACUUUUGAAUGAUAUUUUCUUGAUAUGGUGUAGUUUGAUCAGAAAAGCAAUAUUGUCGAUCAAAUAUGAAUCUCAUGGCUUGAUAGUAUUUUUGUAAUUUUGUAUGGGGCCAUUAAUUACUGAUGUGGGGUGGAUAUGAAAGGCAAAUAGAGUGACAGACAUGGAAACAGAAACUUGCAAACACUGUAUGGCAUGUCACUCAUGAGGGUUGCCAUCAUCUAUCUGAUAAGAUGUGUAUAUGUCUUGUACAAAAAGUUGAUGCUAAGCUCAUUACUGUUGACAUGAUAAGUAUUUUAUCAUACACAUAGUGUGUUCAUUUGUGAUAUAAUACAAAAUUUGGUUCCAUCCAUUUUUCCGUCCAAUACUGAAGGAUCACAUGGUUCCUAGUACUUAAGCCGUCCAUUAUCUACAAGAGAAGUUUGUGAACAAUGUGCCUGAUGUUGUGUACAUAAGUAUUCUAAGGUCACACAAGAAUUAAGACUUGAUAGAUAGUGAAGUAACAUUUUGAUAGUUCAGAUAAGUUAUUUUGUUACUUUCAUGGAUUGUAAACUAGAGUACCAUAAAAUCCGAACAAUACAGUGCAUAUAUAAAGCACUGAAACAUUUGGUUGUGGUAAUGACAUGAUGAUGGCAUGCUGCUGUGAUGCCUUCCUGCUUACUUCAGCCUCGGAACACACAGCAGUUCAAGAAUUUUGUUGUACUUUUUUAACAUUUUAAAUGAUCUACUAGUUAAUGAACCACACCAUUCAACAAAUAGAAUUUUAGGCAUGCUUCACACAAACAAGUGCAUUUUCCCCCAUGCAACAAUAUGGUUCAGCAGAGAUUCACCCACUAUUUGCAACAAUAAACUCUUUUGCUGCGUGUUCUGAGAUAUCGUAGAACCAUGCAGCACGUGAACUGUCGGGGAAAAAGGGCACGUAAUGGCUUGUGUGAAGACUUGCCUUCUUGCCACCAUACCAAAGCACUAAUAUGAGGCAAUUCCUAAUAUGUAAUGGCUAAAUCAGGUCCAGGUUACUCCAUUCAUAUUCAAAGUGAUUAAAUACCAAAAGCUCAGUUUGCCAUGGCAGCAAACAAGAACAGUUUCUGCUGCUUCAAGUGGUGUGAAUGUAGACUUGAACAUUAUUUACUAUUAUGUUAUAAAGUUUUAAAACUUUCUUUUGAAUUUUAGGGAAGUAUUAAUGUGAAUGUCGCUAUUUUUAAGCAGUUGUUUCUAGUAUGUUUAAGAAAUUUAUAAUAAACAAUGUUUACA